GUCACCGCGGCUGUCAGCUGAGCGAGGAGGAGUUCUGCCCGGGCCAGCGCUCUGCCCGUGAAGAGCAGGAAGCGCACAGCUGUGUUUGCAGCACGGGGAAGUAAAACUUGCAUGUCACCAUCCUACUUGUUUUCGAGCGUGUGCGUUUUAAAGUACACCUUUUCCAGCGAUACAGAAGCGUUUUUUUGAAAACUCUGCGUCAUUACCGAGUACCUUUUCAAACACCCAGAAUGCACUGGAGAGCAAUUAAGUAGCGACGUUGUUGUGUAUUACUGCUGAGCCUCGUCUGACCUGCGAAUUCAGAGGCGUUACCGACUACAGCAUUGAAUCAUAGACCAGCACAGCAAUGGCUUCCGGCGCGCCGAUGGUAAAUGGGGAAGAUCCGCAGGGUCCGGAGAGAUCUCGCCAAGGGCAGGCAAAUGGGGCUCAGGCCGCCCCCCAUGUUGGCACCCCAGAGGAGACCCUGCAGCAGAUGAACAUCCUCAUCAAAGAGAACAGUGAGCUGAAAGAAGCCCUGAAACAAACUAAUACGUCUAUGAAAGAGCGUUUUGAGGGCCUUGCUGCAUGGAAGGAAAAGCAGAAGGAGGAGCGUGAGUUUCUGGAGAACAAGUUUCUGGAGGCGAAGAAUCGCGUGACUGCCCUUACCAAGCGCAAUGAAGAGCUCAGGAAAAGAUUACAGCAUCUGGAAGGGAAUGAAGAAGGGACUUGUCAGAGUGAGAUGGGGGGCCAGAGCUCGGAGGUGGAAGCGCUGAAGGUCGUGAUUGCACGGCUUCAGGCGGAGAAGAGCGACCUGCUGGCCAUGAACUCAGAGCUUCAGCUGAAACUGGGGCGAGGGCUCCCUGAUGAUGCCUUCAUUGAGAUCAGAAUUGCAAAGGAAGGAGACCUGAAACUAACUAAGGAUUUGCCAAGCAGUGAAAAAGAUCCAUCUGCUGCAUAUAUCAGGCCUAAGUCUGAUGAAACAAAUGAACGAAUGGAGCCUGAGGAGUUGACUGUCAGCCAGUUGCUUCAGUCCUUGCGACACGAGUCUCAGAAGGUGGAGAAGCUGGAGCUUGAGCUCCAAGCUUACAGAGAAAGGAUAUCGGUAUUGGAGAAAAAGGCAGAAAUGGUUGUAGAGAGUGCAACUCAGACAUCACUGAUAGUUGAAGGGAAUAUUCCUUCUGAGCCAGUGGGGAUUGAAAGCACAUCUAAAUGUGAAGCUGAUAUCAAAGUUCAACAGAGUGUGUCAGCUAUGCAUGAUACGUCUACAACCGAGGUGGAGAAUUUGAAGUCCCAGAUGAAGUCCUUGUUUAAAGAGCUACAGCAGGCCCAGUCCAAACUGGAUGAUGCUGAAGAUAUGAAGAGAAACCUGCACAACAAAUGUCGUGAAAUCGAGCAGGAUCUUUCUACUCUCCGCGCGCAGUUGGUGGACAAGCAGAAAGUUCAGAAUGAGAGCGACAAGCUGAAACUUCAGCUGGAAAGCAUGCAGUCUGUUGGUAAAAUGGAACAGAGGAAGAUGGAGGAGGAAAAGAGAAAAAUGACUCAGCUGAAGGAUGCCUACACAAAGCUUUUUGAAGAUUAUAAUGAGAUCAAGAAAGCAGCAGAUGGAAACAAGAGGACAGAGGAUGACGUGAUCGAGCUGAACAAGAAACUCGCAGUGGCGGAGCAGGCUUUGGCUGCGAAGCAGCUGCAGAUCGACGAAAUGAAGCAGGACAUUUUUAAAAAGGAACAGGAGCUGGAUACCAUUUCUGUGUUCAAAGCACAGGCCGAGGUGUACUCUUCUGAUUUCUAUGCUGAAAGAGCAGCGAGAGAGAAGAUCCAUGAGGAGAAGGAACGGCUAGCAGCACAAUUGGAGUUUGUGAAAAAGCAAAACAGCCAGCUCCAAGAGGAGAUGGAGUCUUUGGGAAGACAGUCUCUGAAUGAAAUGCAGCGUCGCCACGUGCCCAGGGGCAUGAACCCCCACGGAAAUCCUCCACAGCAGAACGCACCAGGAGCAAGAGGUGCAGAUAACAGAGACUGGCAGCAGCAGGUGAAUAUCCCGGAGCAUGCGUGUCCAAAAUGCAAUGAAAUCCUGCCAGACCUCGACAGUCUCCAGAUCCACAUCAUGGACUGCAUCAUAUAAGCGUGUUGCAAAGAACAAUUGCUUGCUAUGUAACUGCUCUGCACCUACCCAUUUGAAUGCAUAUGUCUCAGUAAAUACAGUUUGUAUACCUCAUAUGAGCACACCACCUAAAAGAAUCUGUAUCUGCAGUGCAUCUUCGGGUUAUGCAAAGUUUGCUGUUGAUUAGAAGAGCAAAAUAUGCAACUAUAAAGACUUCAGUUUGAGCAUAUGCUUUAUUAAUAGCCAUUACUGCAACAUAAGAAGUUAUAAAUGGGGUGUAAUGUGCUGUAAUAAUGUGAAGUAUAAUAGUAAGGAAAUUAUUUACCUAUAAAAUAUGAAUAACGCAACUAAAUACAACAUUGAAGUAUCAUUACUGGUGUCUUGCUGGAGAAAAGUUGUUCAAGCAAGCUAUUCUUAGCAAAAUUAGGUUGGUGUAAGGGUAAAACACUCUAAUCAAAGGUAUAGUUAAAGGAAAGAGCAGGCACUUUUUGAUAAAGAAAUUACUCUCUCAGCACCUUGCCACUAAAUAAAAUGAUUGCUCUGAAUUAAAAACUUACUUUUAUUGUAGGUUUUACUUUUAUUUGUUGUUUUUUCAUGAGCUUUCUUGGGUUUCUUUGAAGAAAUACUGUACAAAUCAAUUAUUUAAAAUGUUACAAGAUUGGUAAAAGAUUAAAGCACUGGAAGUAAAGAUUUGUGGAAAUUUCUUCUAAAUCUAAUGUGACCCAAUAAUACAAUUUAAUAAAAUUAUACAAAUAUAAAAUUGUUAAAAUUAUUACAGUAUUUAAACUGUACUGGAAUUAUAUUAUUCAGAUUUAGGAGGUUAUUUUAUUGUAAAAAUAUUUAAGGUGUUCUAAUUGGGGGACAAUACAAUGGGUUAUAUUGUGUUUGCAAUAUUAUGCAAUGGUGAAUCCUCUAAUAUACACUUUCCCUUUAAAUUGGCUUAAAAAGUUGAAUUCAUAAAAAAUAAAUGCAGAAAAUAAAUGGACUGAAAUAAAUUGAAA